UUAAAUAUUGUUAUUUAUUAAAAUUGCAUUAGUAUUCGCAACUUGUUAGAAUUCAACGUAAUAAAGUUUCUCGAAUAGAUAAAAAAAAUACUCAAGCCGGUGAUUUCCGUACAAUCGAAAGAAUUAAGAGACAAUCAGAGAUUAAAUAAUUUAUUUUAAUGGAAAAAUCUAAUUUUGCAUAAAAAAUUGAAAAAAAUCAACAUUAAUCAUCAGAAAGUUAGAGAUAAAUAAAAAUAAAAAAUUUAAACGAGCAAACGAUGAUCAAUUAGACAGCCAAGAUAGGUGCUGUCUACUCAGUUGUUUCCUUCCUUAUCAUGGGAUCAGUUGGUUAUUUGAUUAAGCUCACAAUCGGCAUGUUGGUUUUCUCGAGUGAGACAUUCCAAACAAAGGGUUUGCUGUACCCGCGAGAAUCAGAAACGAGAGAUGUCAAGUCGUUGGAUGGCAUGUGGCAAUUUGCCAAGUCAAGAACAGAUGAUCCCGCACAAGGAUACAAAGGAAAAUGGUGGUCUAAUGAUCUUUCGAAGUUCACAGAAACAAUUCAAAUGCCCGUGCCAUCAAGUUACAACGACAUCACAGAAGAUGCCGCAUUACGAGAUCACGUUGGUGUCGUUUGGUACGAUCGUAAAUUCUUCGUGCCCCAAUCCUACUCGAAACAGCGUGUCUGGAUACGAUUCGGGAGCGUUCAUUACCUGGCAGUUGUCUGGAUCAAUGGCAAUCAAGUAGUUAAACACGAAAUUGGACAUUUGCCAUUUGAGGCAGAAAUUACGUCGUUCGUCAAGUACGGAAAGGAAAAUCGUGUUACUGUGUUGUGCGACAAUGUUUUGCUGCAGGAUACAAUUCCGCAGGGAAAAGUGACCAACAUGCCGACAGAUAACGGCACGGAACGCAUCCAAUCGUACACGUUCGAUUUCUUCAACUAUGCCGGCAUCCAUCGGUCCGUCAUGCUGUUUACAACGCCCAAAAUUGCCAUUCAUAAUGUCGAUAUCAGCACAGAUGUUGUCGAAAAUACAGGUUUUAUCUCGUAUAAUUUGGAAGUUACGCCAGAUGCGGAAAAUAUCACAAACGACUUGGAAUUAGAUGUCAUCGUUUACGACAAAGACGGAGAAAUGAGCGGCAAAGACAGUCAAAAGAUAGAUUUGACGGGAAUUGUGGAAAUUCCGAAUGUUAAGCGAUGGUGGCCUUAUUUGAUGGAUCCUGAACCGGGAUAUUUGUACACAGUUGAGUUUACGUUGAAGCAGGAAGGAAGACCGAUUGAUGUUUAUAGAACGAAAGUUGGAUUGAGAACGCUUCGAUGGAAUAAUACAACUUUUUUGAUUAAUGAUAGGCCCGUUUAUUUGAGAGGAUUUGGCAAACAUGAGGAUUCAGAUAUUCGCGGCAAAGGAUUAGACUACGCCUUACUCACCAAAGACUUCAAUCUCUUGAAAUGGAUUGGCGCCAAUUGUUACCGUACCUCGCAUUACCCUUACUCUGAGGAAUCCAUGCAAUUUGCUGACGAACAUGGCAUUAUGAUAAUUGACGAAUGCCCAAGUGUUGACACAGACGAUUAUUCGAGCAUUUUAUUAACAAAACACAAAUCUUCCGUUGAACAAUUAAUUCAUCGGGACAAACAUCAUGCGAGUGUCAUAAUGUGGUCCAUCGCAAACGAACCAAGAACCGGAAAACUCGCCGCCGGAAAUUAUUUCAAAGAUGUUGCUGCGUAUGCCCGUUCGCUAGAUCCAACGAGACCUGUAACUGCUGCCAUUGCUGUUGGGUAUGGACAAGAUCAAGCGGCUCAACACAUGGAUAUUUUGAUGUUUAAUCGUUACAACGCUUGGUACUCGAACACGGGUCGUCUUGAUAUGGUCACGAAAAAUGUCAUUGACGAAGCCACAGCAUGGCAUAAUAUGCACAAUAAGCCUGUGUUAAUGUCCGAAUAUGGCGCCGACACUGUCGAAGGUCUUCACAUCCUUCCGGCGUACGUUUGGUCCGAAGAAUUCCAAGAACAGCUCUUCGCGAAACAUUUCAUCGCCUUUGAUCGCCUGCGAAAAGCCGGAUUUUUCAUCGGAGAAUUCGUGUGGAAUUUCGCCGACUUCAAAACGGCCCAAACUUAUACGCGUGUCGGAGGCAACAAAAAAGGCGUUUUUACGCGAAGUCGACAACCGAAAGCUGCGGCGUAUAUUUUGCGGAAACGUUACCACGGACUGUCGCAAGAGUUGGAAGGAACUGUGCCGCCCAAAGAUUUAGACAACUACAUUCACAAAAGUAUUAACGAACUGUAG